AUGGUUUUAUAUUGUAGGAAUGUUUUUCCAGAGGGCCUUCCUCCUUCAUAUUUGUUCGUUUCUACUCAGAGGUUUAAAAUCAAGAAAAAGUGGGACUUGUGGAGAAUAUUAGCCCUUGAUGGCUCAAUUCAAACAGCGGUUUCAUUAAAUGGAGAAGACAGAACAUUAUCAUUCACUACAACAAGUCAAAUAAAUGAUACCCAGGUUGUCACAUUUAAAACACCUGGUGUUAAGGUAACAGUGAUGUUGAUGUAUUUUUGCCAGUUUUUGUGUUAGAAAUCAAAUGCUCUAGACUAGGCAAUUUAAAUCCAAUUGGAUUUUGUCCAGUAUAUUACAAAAUACUUAAAUUUUUUAGGUCUCUCCGUGAGUAACUAAAACAGAAAAAAGGAAUUAAAAAAGAAUACAAUUGUAGUGUCAUCAUUGCAUCACCGUAGUUAUCAGUGUAUUUUCAAAAUAUCAACUUUAACAUUUUAGUUUUUUUCUUAAAGUGACUCCUUUGUCAAGUAUCAACAUUGCAAUUAUUUUAAGUUACAUGAUACAUUCUCAUCUAUAAAUAUAUUUGGAGAAGUGCAAAAAUUAUCUCUCUUCUUUGUAAAAUAGAAAUUGUUUGAUGAAGGAUGGCAUCAAAUACGAAUAUUGGUAACAGAAGCUGAUGCAAUAUUGUUUGUGGAUGACGAAGAAAUUGAGACAAAAAAAUUACUUCCUGUAACAGGAAUCUACAUUAGCGGGAAAACCCAAAUUGGGAAGUAUACUGGCAGAGCGGAAAGUGCUCAG